AUGCAGCGGGGCGGGGGCGGGGCUCCGAGGCCGCUCCCCCGCAGCCGCCGCCCGCUGGACCCCGCCGCGCUCCUGAUGCUGCUGGUGGACGCCGACCGGCCGGAGCCCGUGCGCAGCGGGGCGCGCGAGCUCGCGCUCUUCCUGACCCCGGAGCCCGGGGCCGAGGCGAAGGAGGUGGAGGAGACCAUCGAGGGGAUGCUCCUCAGGCUGGAAGAGUUUUGCAGCCUGACUGACAUGAUCAGAAGCGACACUUCACAGAUCUUGGAGGAAAACAUCCCACUCCUCCAGGCCAAAGUGACGGAGAUGCGUGGCAUCUAUGCCAGAGUGGACCAGCUAGAGGCCUUCGUCAAGAUGGUUGGGCACCACGUCUCCCUCCUAGAGGCCCAAGUGCUUCAGGCCGAGCGGGACCACGGGGCCUUCUCGCGGGCUCUACGGAGAUGGCUGGGCUCCACGGGCCUUCCCUCCUUUGGGAACAAGCUGUGGGCGCCGGCGCCCCCGCCCUACGAGCUGCCUGCGCUCUACCGGACAGAGGACCACUUCCCCGGGGCCACCGGCCAGGCCGCUCUGCGCACCCCGGGCCACCCGCGCCGGCGCCUGUGAGCGCAGCACCUGCCACCUGGGAGCUCUGCACCUGCUGCCUGGGAGCACUGCACCUGCCACCUGGGAGCGUGGCCCCUGCCGCCUGGGAGCAUUGCACCUGCCGCCUGUGAGGGUUGCACCUGCCAUGGGCAGGGAGAGGGUCCACCAGUUCCCCGCAGGGGGCUUCCCGACCGCUUCCUGCAUUCCUGAGCCCCCUCCCUCGCUUCACUGAAACCCCGGGCCUCGGAGAUGGGUUUGGGGUGCAUGUGUGGCCGAGCCCAGCACUGAGCUGGAGGAGGCAAGUCCCUCCCACUCGGGGGGCCAGCCUGGUGUCCCCGGGGCUGCGGUGAGUGGGUCUGAGGAGCCACCAAGGCUUCAGGCCCCCAGGGACCCGGGUUUCCCCAUGUCUCUGUGAUGGGCCUGGCAUGGGCUUUGUGGGGGCCUCUGCUCCGUGCCACCACCAGGUGCAUGGCUCCAGGUCCUCCUAUGGUGGGUGCUUUGUCCCCAACCCUUGUGCCUGCUGGCUUGUGAAUCCGCUCAAUAAAGGUGUCGAGAGGUCA